CAGCGGAGGCGCUGCUAAUUCAGGGAGUUUUGGAGAAGAGCUGGAUGGAGGACUGUUUUUUUCCUCUCUUGUGAUUUCCCGAAAGGUUUACAGCCGUCAUGAAUUAUGUUAAACUUCUUCCUUCACUCCGCGCGAAUCGGACUGCGUUACGCGCGACAUCGUAGCGCCACUUUAAUUGGAAUAUGGAUUCUAUAAGACGAAAAAGUUGAUACUUUCCCCCUCCCCGGAUCGCACAUAAUGGAGAGGAGACGCUCGUGGCCCGUGCUCUGCCUCGCGCUCUCCCUCAUGCAUCUCUCAAUCGCGUCCGGUGAGCUCCGUUAUUCGGUACUGGAGGAACAGAAACCGGGGUCUGUCGUUGGGAAUAUAGCGAGGGAUUUGGGUCUCAGCGCAAUGAGGAUUACUGAAAGAAAUUUACAGGUGGUGUCGGGAUCUAACGCGCAAUAUUUCGAGGUAAAUCCUAACGGUGUCUUGGUUAUUAGAGAGACUAUAGAUAGAGAGAGCAUUUGCGCUUUAAGUUCGACUUGCUCUUUGCACCUUCAAAUUCUUCUUCAGAACCCUUUAGAAAUUCACAGAAUUCUUGUUCAAAUUGAUGAUGUAAACGACAACGUGCCGCAGUUUCCAAACGUGAAUUCAUCACUAGAGAUUUCCGAGGCGGCCGCGGCGGGAACGCGGUUCCGUCUGGAGAGCGCACGCGAUCCCGAUGUGGGCAUUAACUCCCUACGCACGUACAGCAUUUCCAGCAGCGACUAUUUUGUUUUAAACGUGGAGACUAAAAGCGACGGAAGUAAGUUUCCAGAGCUCGUCCUGGAAAAGGCUCUGGACCGGGAGUCGCAGGACGCGUUUCGCCUCUCGCUCAGGGCCGUGGACGGAGGACAGCCGGAGAAAUCCGGGACCACCCUCCUACUUAUUAAGAUUCUGGACGUGAAUGACAACGCGCCGGUGUUUGAUGAGCCGGUGAAAAGGGUUAGUCUUUUGGAAAACUCUCCUCCAAGAACGCUUGUGACUAAACUGAAUGCCACUGAUGUGGACUCUGGGAUAAACGGGAAAAUAUCUUACUUAUUCAGUAAAUACACACCAGAGAGAACACUUAAAAUGUUCAGUGUUGAUUCUCAAUCAGGGGAAAUCCGUGUUGUGGGGGAUGUGGAUUAUGAGGAAGCCAAUGUGUAUGACAUCACAGUUCAAGCCAGGGAUGGAGGCUCUCCCGCCAUGGAGGGCUCAUGCAACAUUAAAGUGGAAAUAAUCGAUGUGAACGAUAACACUCCGGAGGUGACAUUAACCUCACUAACCAGCCCCAUCCGGGAGGAUGCUGAAACCGGCACUGUUAUUGCGUUAAUCAGUGCAAAAGACUUAGAUUCUGGGGAUAAUGGAAAAGUCACACUUAGAGUAUCCCAAGUACUUCCGUUUAAACUAAAGUCAGCCUUUGGAGAACACUACACACUUGUGACCGACGGACGUCUAGACAGAGAAGUCAUUGAUGAGUACACUGUUGUUGUCACUGCGACUGACUCUGGCUCGCCUCCGCUAUCCUCUCAGAAGACUUUUGCGGUCCGUUUAUCAGAUGUUAAUGAUAAUGCUCCAGUGUUCUCGCAGAACUCCUACUCAGUGGAUGUAGCUGAAAAUAAUGCUCCUGGUACUCCGAUAGUAGCAAUUUCAGCGUCAGAUCCAGACGUCGGAGACAACGCCCGAUUGUCAUACUCCAUCCUACCGACCACCAUCCACGGCAGCCCCAUUUCCUCAUACGUCUACAUCAACCCAGAGAACGGGAACAUCUUCACCAUGCGCUCUUUGGAUUACGAGCAAAUAAAUGCGUUCAAGAUCGAAGUGCAGGUGCGCGAUGCUGGAGCUCCACCGCAGACGUCUAAUGUCACCGUGCAUGUUUUUGUGGUCGACCAGAAUGACAACCCGCCCAUCAUCCUUUACCCAACACACUCUGAAGACGCAGGGCUCCAGCUGACCGUCCUGCACGGUGCCCCCGUCGGCCAUCGCGUCAACAAGAUUGUCGCCGUUGACCCCGACAGUGGCCACAAUGCUUGGCUCUUCUACAGUAUUGCUCCAGGGGACGAUUCAUCGCUGUUUCACAUCGAACCGCACACGGGCGAACUGCGUACCGCACAAAAACUCAUGGACGACGAACAGGGUGGUAAAACCCACCCAGCUUAUAACAUUAUAGUGGUUGUGCGAGACAACGGCCAGCCAGCUUUGUCCACUAGCGUUUCGGUUACCGUUACCGUAGAAGAAAAAAGCGCGGAUAAAUCUACAGACUUCCGUAUAACGCCACACAAGGGGACAGGAAUGACAGACAUCACUCUGUACCUCAUCAUCUCAUUGGGCUGUGUGUCGCUGGUGUCGCUCUUGACCAUGGCGGUGCUCUUGGUACGGUGCAUCAGGCACAAGGGUGGUUCGACAUGCUGCUACUCCAGAACGGGUUUCCGUUCCAGGCAUGCCUAUCAGCAGAGAGCCCAUAAGGACCUUCACCUCCAGCUAAACACUGAUGGACCCAUUAGAUAUAUGGAGGUGGUCGGAGGGCCUCAGGAACCUCACACAAGGACCUACAGGCCCUGCUACUCAACGCUCUCCAGCAGGAGUGAUUUUGUGUUUGUCAAGACUCCCAUGUUGAGUCAUAACAACACAUUAAACAUGACUUUGACUAGGAAGCACUUAAUGAACUCAGCCAAUGAGCAAAAACCACCCAGCGCUGACUGGCGUUUCACCCAGAACCAGAGGCCAGGGCCCAGCGGAGCUGCUGCCGCCACUCCUGAGGUUGCCAUGGGAACAGGACCCUGGCCCAACCCCCCAACCGAGGCUGAGCAGCUCCAGGUGCUGAUGGCUGCUGCUAAUGAGGUCAGCGAGGCGACCAACACUCUGGCUCCGGGCACCAUGGGUCUGAGCACCCGCUACAACCCUCAGUUCACCCUGCAGCACGUCCCUGAUUACCGGCAGAACGUCUACAUCCCCGGCAGCACCGCCACCCUGACCUCCAACCAGCAGCAACCCCAACAGGCCCUGCCACCUCCACAGGCCGCCAUAGCCGCUGCUGCUGCCCAACCUGAGCCGCCCAAAGCCGCCCAGACGCCUGCCAGCAAGAAGAAAUCUACCAAGAAGGAGAAGAAGUAGAGAGCCAUAGGUAGAUAUGAGGUUUAGGGAGGCGACUCCAUUUCUGUGCUGUUCUGAGGUUUGCUGGAAAUCUGUAACUAUUUAGAGGAAAAAUAUUACGGUAAAAAAAAAAAAGUGUGUCAAUGUAAACCCACUUCUAACCACUUUGUCUAUUUCACACAUGUAUUUGUUUUACUUAAGCCUAAGUACUGUAAAUUCAUUUCCUGAUUCAUUUGGACAUUUGGAGAGAAAUUAGUUUUUCAUUCUCAUGUUUGCAAAGUUUAUGCAACUUCUAAGUGACACUAUACUCCUGCGUAUAUCAAGCCAGUAAUGUAUUUACCACAGUACUUUACCGUGAACAUGUUAAACUGACAUCUGGACAAAAAGAGGAAUUGUAUUCUUGUAACAAUCACGUUCUUGUUUAUACAAAGACACAGUGUUGCUGUGAAUGUUGUAAUGCUUGUAAAAUGCAUCAUGAUUAUUACUUUACUUUUUUGUUAUUGUUUGCUAAAAUACCACUAUGGACUUUUUUUAUUGAUCAUUUUAGGAGAAGUGUUGACGUAGAUGCAAGUCAGGUGUUUAUUGCUGCAUGCUGUUUUUUUGCGCUAUAGAUAAUCUCCAUAUCACCUGACAUCUAUGAACACCCGUCUACAACUUUCUCACGGAGGAGUUGGGCAGUUAAACCAUCCGCUUUUAUGAUGAUUUGAAUUUGCUUUUCAAGCAUGGAUCCCCCUGUGUAUCACUGAGCCAGAGUUUGGUUGUUGUUGUUUUUUUGUGUUAACUGAAUGUUUAUGGAGCAUUAGUGAUGGCCGAGCCAUAAUGGGAGCAUUGUGAAACCAGUUACAAGUCCACAAGUGCCCGCAGUGGCAUAUCGUCCUUAGUAUUCAGUAUUUCCAGGUUAUCCUGAAGUGUUGAAGCUCUUUAUCAGUGCUGGUUGUAAUUAGAUGGGUUACUUUAAGUGAGUAUCUGUAGUUUUGAUGGUGACAAAACCUCCUGACUUUGUGAGUUGCUGAUCUAGGCAGCAGUUUCCUAAUGCUAAGGCUGUUCUUUCUUUUGGCCAUGUGCAACAAGCUCAAUGGAAUAUGAAUACAUUUAAAAUUCAAUACCAGUUAGAAUUGAUGCUGUUUUAGGAGACAACUUGCAAUCAUUGAAUGUACAACAAGCACGCUAACUGUCAUUGAGUUAGUUAUUAGAACUUUGGAAAGCUGGUUUUGGAAAAUACUUGCAAUGCAAAGAUUCCGUCCAAAUGCUGGUACCGGUUCACUUUCCCUCUGAAUACAGCAGUUCUCGUACCGUUGGCAUGACGUUACUUUGUAAAUAGAAAUUUGUCCUUAAAAACACAUGAAACCUUUUCAGAUAAUCAGCUCAAGAGGAAUGGCUUACUACUGGAAUGUCCUUUUAUUUUACAGGGAAAAAAUAUCAAAAUGGAGAAAAA